AUGGCACCAAACGAUAGUCUUUUACCAAUUCAAAACCAAAUUCCUAUACCAAACUACGUUCGAAUAUUGGAUACCACCCUCCGUGACGGCGAACAAUCCCCUGGUGCCGCAAUGUCUUGCAAAGAGAAGCUCGAGAUUGCACGCUUACUAGUAAAGCUACGCGUUGAUAUCAUAGAGGCAGGGUUCCCUUCUGCUUCCAGUGAUGACUUCAAUGCGGUUAAAAUGAUAGCUGAAGAUGUUGGCAAUGAUGUUGAUAAUGAUGGUUAUGUUCCUGUUAUAGGUGGUGUGUGUAGGUGCAAUAAGAAGGAGGUUGCCAUUACAUGGGAGGCCAUAAAACAUGCAAAAAAGCCAAGAAUAUGUGCUUUUAUAGCCACUAGUCCCAUUCACAUGGAAUACAAACUUAGAAAGACGAAAGAUGAGGUACUCAAUAUGGCUCGUGAUACGGUGAAGUUUGCACAGAGUUUAGGUUGCAGUGAUAUCUCAUUUGCUGCGGAAGAUGCUACCAGAUCGGAGAAGCAAUUCCUUUAUCAAGUUUUGGAAGAAGUUAUUAAAGUCGGGGCAACCACUGUAGUCAUACCCGACACUGUAGGCGUAACAAUGCCAUUUGAAUAUGGAAAAUUCAUUGCUGAUAUAAAAAAGAAUACUCCUGGAAUUGAAAAUGUUAUCAUUGCAACUCAUUGUCACAAUGAUCUUGGACUUGCUACUGCCAACACUAUAGAGGGUGCACGUGCAGGUGCUAGACAAUUAGAAGUUACAAUCAAUGGAAUUGGUGAGAGGGCAGGGAAUGCUUCAUUAGAAGAGGUUGUAAUGGCCCUAAAAUGCAGGGGUAAUGAUAGCUUAGGUGGUCUUCAUACAGGAAUUAUUACAAGACAAAUAUUGAGGACAAGCAAAAUGGUUGAAGAGUAUUCUGGGAUGCUUCUCCAACCACACAAGGCUCUUGUUGGUGCUAAUGUUUUUCUUCACGAGAGUGGCAUUCACCAGGAUGGGAUGUUAAAACAUAGAGGCACAUAUGAAAUAAUAUCUCCUGAAGAUAUUGGUCUUGAAAGAUCACUUGAGACUAGUAUUGUAUUAGGAAAGCUUAGUGGACGUCAAGCUUUGAGAAAGAGAAUUGAAGAGCUUGGUUAUAUACUAAAUGCUGAUGAAUUUGAGAUUCUGUUCAAGAAAUUCAAGCUAUUGGCUGGGACAAAAAAGAGAGUAACCAAUGCAGACCUUAAGGUAUUGAUGUCAAAUGAAGCAUAUCAAGAUGAACUUGUCUACAAAGCUGCAUGA